UACAGCAUGGUUGUCCAGUUCUGGGAGGGCAUCAUAUGAUGUCCUCCCAGAACGUGCCCUACUGCGCACUGCCAGCAGCGCACACCCGGCGAUCUCCGUGAUCGCUUUGUCCUAUGGACUCAGCUGAUCACAUCUUGAGGAAAGUACUGCCGAUACGGUCAAUUGUCACAGAGCAGAUCGGCACUGAUCAUCAGUGCCCAACAGUACCUCCCACCCUUGUCCAGCAGUGCCACCCACCAGUGCCCAGCAGUUGCGCCCAUCAGUGCCCAGCAGUACUGCUCAGCAGUUCCGGCAGUCAGUGUUGUCAGUCAGCACCGCCCAUCAGUGCCACCUAUCAGUACCCAUCAUUGCUGCAUAUCAGUGCAGCAUCAUUAGUGCCUCCUCAUCAAUGC